GACUGGCCACUUGCCCGACAGUCGUCCUAGGCGCCCAACCGGGAGCCAGCCACACAUCGGCUGCCGCCCCCCUCGCUCCGGGUCCCGAGCCGGGCUCUCCGGACCCAGAGCGGCAAGCCGCGCCUGAUGGCUGGCCGCGGGCGGCUACCGCUAUGCUGGCUGCUGCGAGGAUUGGCUGGAGCUCUGCCGCCCUCUCCCUCCAUGUGACCGGGUGGAGGGAAGGAAGGAGCCAGAGCGAGAUGGAAGGAGGGCAGCAGGAGGGACCGAGGAGAGGCGCCAAGCGGGCCGCCGCGGCGGAAGGGGAGCGCAGCAAUGGCCGCCCCCACGAACAGGGGUCGGCGAAGGGCCGCUUCAGGCCCGGACUGGGUUUACAGAUUGAGAUGGAGAGUCAAAGAACUUCCGUUCUCCACCAGGUGAUCAAUUUUGCCCCCAAUCCUCUCCCUGCCAGACAGUAUGAUCAGCACACCACUGAGCCAAUCAGCUUCUAUCUCUCGGGCUUGGAAGAACUGCUUGCCUGGAAACCCACCAGCGAUGAUGCUUUCAAUGUGUCGACUGAACCGCUGGCGACACGUCAGCCUCCGCUUAACAGCCACAGGCCCCGCACACUGGUGUGCCAUGACAUGAAGGGGGGCUACCUCGAAGACAGGUUCAUCCAGGGCGCAGCAGUCUGUGACCAGUAUGUGUUCUACCACUGGCACUACAUUGACAUCUUUGUCUACUUCAGCCACCACACGGUCACGAUUCCACCGGUGGUCUGGACCAACGCUGCUCACCGCAAUGGGGUCCUCAUGCUGGGGACGUUCAUCACGGAGUGGACGGAUGGCGAGAAGAUGUGUGAGGCGUUCCUGGCAGGCGAGGAGGAAGCCUACCAUGCCGUGGCUGAGCAGCUGGCUGCAAUUGCCCAGUUCUAUCACUUUGAUGGCUGGCUGGUCAACAUUGAGAAUGCCUUGAGUGCUCCAGCAGCACAGAACAUGCCCCGCUUCUUGCGUUAUCUGACAGCCCAGGUGCACAAAGCUGUGCCAGGAGGACAGGUGGUGUGGUACGACAGCGUCCUGCAGAAUGGGGAGCUCAAGUGGCAGAACGAACUGAACGAGAACAACAAGGUUUUCUUUGACGCUUGCGAUGGCUUCUUCACAAACUACAACUGGAAGGAGGAGCAACUGGUGCAGUCCAGAGCGAUGGCAGGCGAGCGUUGGUUUGACAUCUACGUGGGGGUGGACGUGUUUGGCCGUGGUGAUGUCGUGAGUGGCGGCUUUGAUUCAAACAAGUCGCUGCGCAUGAUUCGAGAUCAGAGUCUUUCAGUGGCCAUCUUUGCACCAGGCUGGGUGUAUGAAUACCUGGGUGCAGAAGACUUCCUGAACAAUGAAGACAAAUUUUGGGCCCUGCUGCGUGGCCUGCUGCCCAUUCAUAGUGUGGGCUCCCUUCCUUUGGCCACCUCCUUCAGUCUGGGCAUGGGCAAGAAGCACUUCCACAAUGGGCAGGAGAAUGGGACAAAGCCGUGGUACAACCUGAGUGCACAGGAAAUCCAGCCACUAUAUGCCAGCCACAGGAUGCCUAACGGGGGUUGGCUGCGGAUACGGUGCUGCCAGCAGGAUUCCUGGUGUGGGGGCAGCUCUCUGCUGCUGGAGGGGGCCAUCCCCCUCAGUGCCAGUCACGUCACAGCAAGGCUGUUUUCAUUCCAGAUGCCGGCACCCCCUAGACUGUAUGUUGUCUUGAUUUAUAAACACGUGGGCCCAAACCAAGCAGUGACCCUCACACCAGAGCUCACUACGCGGGAGUCGCGGUCCUGUUCCGUCAGCACUAGUCCUGCAGAACCAGUAUGGCAUAGGUCCCGCCCACUCCACCCAUUUCCCCCCCGCCUUGCCCAGUUCUUCAGGGGUUGCGGACUACGCGGGGAACAUGGCUGGCAAAGUCGGUGCUAUGAGGUGGAGUUCCAGGAUUGCUUCCUGGAUGAACUCUCAGUCACUGUGUCCCAUCACCGGUCGGGCCAGGAGGAGGUGCCCUUCACCUGCCGUCUGGGCAGGAUCUGGGUGCUGGAUGAUGCCCUCCUGCGCUCACCAAUGCCUGCUGACACCGCCAGUUGGCUGUCGCCCAUUGAAGUUGCCCACACCCAUUGGCACCGGGCUUCAAAGGAAAUGCUCUCAGUCAGCCUCACCUUGAGCUGGGCCUACCCUGCUAGCAAGGCCCACCGCUUCCGUGUGCACUGCCGGAGUGGGGUGUGCGUUGGUGGUCAGGAGGCGCCUCUGAGCCUGCUUGGAGAAGCUCAUGCCCCCCUGUACCGCGUGACGGAGCUGACAGUGCCUGAUGCCCACCCUGAGGCUUCAUGCCGCUUGGAGUUCCUGGUGGAACCCGUGCCUGACGAUGAGGUCCAGAUAGAUCCUGCCAUGUGGGGAAAACUGGUCUUGGUAUACUCCAGUCCAAAGCUACCUGGCACUGGAACCAGCACCAAUGUCUGAGGUAGCUCCAUACUUAAGUUAUGCUUGGAAUUUGCCGGGUAAGACCCCUUCCUAAGUAAAGAGACUCAGAGCUUUGAAAAUGGGCACCUCA